UUCAUCAAGAUUGACACAUUCGCCGGUGAAGAGCGCAGAGGUGGUAUGCGCAUCCGUGGGGGUUGGUGGGUGCAAAUCACGAAUCGGCCAAACCAGUAAUGAAGGAAGGCCACCCGCUCGUUGUCGGAUACAGGUUCACCAGGAAUGAGAGGUGCAUUGCUGUUGUAGAGUGAUUUGUAAGAUCGGCCGAAGGCUAUCAAUGAAGUUGGAUCCAAGGCUCUCUUUGAUUGCACACGCGGCUUUGAUAUACCAGUCGGGGCCGCUAUGUCGAGCAGAGUGAUCGUCAUCGAUCCUAGAGGGAGCACGAAACAGUUCGAAUCCGUCGACCUGAAGCAGAUAGCGGCUUUGAACAACUCAGGAUCAGGUUUCGGCAGCUCCAAACAUAGGGAAAAAAAUCGGUCGAGGCCUAAUGCCUGCUCGGGUCUUCCGUUUAAAGAGUGGGCUGAUAACGGGGAGACGAAACAGGAGCUGAGAGUGGUGAAUUGAAAAAACGUCCAAUAACUCCAUUAUGGCAGUGGUUCAGUCACGAAUGAGUGGACCAAGCCAGCCCUCCUCAUUAUCGUCUCUCGAUAUCGUCUCGAGAGUGAAAUCAGCAUUGGCCAUGUUUUCCAAAAGGUCACGUCGUUCCCCCGGAGAUAACGGGAGGAGAAACGCGUCGAGGCUGCAUUCACAAAGAAGUUAGUUUAGGUUAGUGAUAGUCAUACAUGCGGUGGUGGCCGCUCGCUAGACCAAAAACAGGUGUGUAAACGGCUAGAGAUGACAUCGUUAAGGGGAGUGAUACAACUUCAAUAUCAAUGCGAAGUUAAGAUCACAGGACUUACUCGGUGAUCGAAGAAAAUCCUUGCAAUGACAUGGCAGUGACUUCGGCUGCGCAGAAAUCUGAGGUACGGUUUGAGCAAAUCGUUGUUGGGUGAAGUUUUGUUUUGUUGUUUGAACUCGGAUAAGUUUAGGGUUGGCACGGGUGACCUAUUUAUUUGGAAUCACCGCGACGGGGUAGAAAGAAGUAGUGUCCCUUUUGGUUUGGGAUUACAACGUUGGAAGGGAAUAGGAUCUCAAGUUAGAGAUCCACCAACGCUGCCGAAGCAACACGGCAGGUACGAGCCGUUAAAUCAAAAUGGUGAGGAGAUUAUAUUUGGCCAAAAUUAAAUAAUAAUAGAAAAUUAUGCUCUUGGCCAAGAUUUAAUAAAAAACGGAGGCUUACUUUGCAUGGCACAACCAAUAUUUUGAAGUUGCCUCGAAUAGAAAAUUGGCCAAAACAACUUUGUUUGGCUACUGCACAGUGCGGAGAUGAAUUGGAGUAAGUCUACGGAAAACACUACUGUUCUAUCAUCCACAGUGCGGUAGGAGAAAGGGAGCAGUGCCGCGAAUUUGACUUUUAGUUUUGGCAAAGCAGCAUUGCGGAGCUGGACCAGGACUGGUGGCCCGGUGUUGUUGAGGCGGGAAACUUGUCGUCGCAUGUGGGCCAAGUAUGUAAAAAAAAAAAUCAACUCUGGCCCAAGCAGCAUCGCAGGGAUGCAAGGUUGUUGUAGUUUGGUUUGAAUUUGGCGACAACAGUGGUGCAAACUAAACAACGCUGCAAACCAAAGUUAAAUUCAACAAGGUCACUCACUCACUCCUACCUUCUUUGCCGCAAGUUUGCUUGGCAACAAUGUUGGGUUUUUUUUACAGACAAAAACAGCGCUGCAGCUUCGUGUGUUUACACGAUUGGGAGAGACCAUGCUGGUUAGUGGUUUUAACGAUGUGGUUAAAAGGAAAAAGGUUCAAAACGCGGCUGCUUUCGGGCAAAACCGAGCUGCAAAGCUGUGCAGCGGUGUUUUCAUAUAUUUUAGUGUGAUGGCCGCAUGAAGAGGUAUGUAAAAAUCACAUUAGUGAAAUGCUGGACAAACAGUAUUGCGAGGCCACACAAGCAGCUGCGUUUAAAUCUUGCAGAAACGUAUUUGGAUCCAACGGUCCCGUAUGAUUGUUGUUGUGUCUUAAACAAACGAGCAUGCCCGGCACAACAGUGCGGCCGCGUCGAGAAGAGCGAACCAAAAUGGAGUUGCAAAAAUUGGGUGGUUGUUUGUUUCGUUAAAGACUACAAGGGAGGUAUGAAGCAACAUGACUAGCGUGGACGUAAAAAACGCCAAUGCUUUGGAGUGCCGCAGGCCCGCAAUGUCACGAAAGGGGACUCCAACGUUGCUGGGAAGCCUAUCUCAAGGGAAAAUAUGUGACGAAACGCUGCCGUUAGAACGAAAGGCGGCGGCGCGACGUUGUUUUAGAAGAAUGGUGGUUACUCAGUGCUGGUAGAGCAAAUUUUCGACAUUGAUGAUGAACUAUAAAAAAAAAAGAAUUUUGCAUGCAGAGCUGCCGCUGUUGCUAACAACGUUGAUGAUAAAAAAAAAAAAAAAGUCUCAGCGCUGCGGUUGUGGCGGAAAUUUGAUAGCCCCGGUAAGAAAAAAAAAAUUAAUGG